AUGUCUGGCGUACCGCAACAGCAACAGCAAAAGCAAAAGCAAAAUACCGUCGACUAUUUGGCGACCCAUGAAGCAGCCGUUGCAGCAGCUGGAUCUUGCUCUCAGCCCGCACUCAAGCAGCAACCUACCCCUGCAGGUGUAGCUGGCAUGCCGGGACACGUAGCAUCGGCUAAUUCAGCUGGAACGUAUUCCUCCUCUUCCCUACCCCUUGCUAUUGCUGCCCAACAACGCAAGUUAUCCGGCAGAUACGCAUUAACAGACUUUGCAAUAGAACGAACCUUGGGCACUGGCUCUUUCGGUCGUGUCCAUCUCGUGCGCUCUCGUCACAACCAUCGGUUCUACGCAAUCAAGGUUCUCCGCAAAGAACAGGUGGUCAAGAUGAAACAGGUCGAACAUACCAACUCCGAACGAGCAAUCCUUUCUAUCGUUCGUCAUCCAUUCCUCGUAAACCUCUGGGGAACUUUUAAGGACUCAACUUUUUUAUACAUGGUGAUGGACUACGUGCCUGGUGGCGAGCUGUUUACCUUACUCCGGAAGAGUCAGAGAUUUCCACACCCCGUAGCCAAGUUCUAUGCUGCAGAGGUAGCCCUUGCGAUCGACUACCUGCAUCAGAACAAUAUCAUCUAUCGAGAUCUAAAGCCGGAGAAUAUCUUACUCGGCGCCGAUGGCCAUUUAAAGAUCACUGACUUUGGAUUUGCAAAGUACGUGCCCGAUGUAACCUGGACGUUGUGCGGAACGCCGGAUUAUCUCGCACCAGAAAUCGUCAGCAGCAAAGGCUACAAUAAAUCCGUCGACUGGUGGGCACUAGGUGUGCUGCUAUACGAAAUGCUCGCUGGUCAUCCACCAUUCUUCACCGAAGACGGAAACCCGAUUAAGCUUUACGAAAAAAUCAUCGCUUGCAAAGUUCGCUACCCACCCUACUUUGAAACGGGAGUCAAAGAUUUACUCAAGAAUCUACUGACGGCAGAUUUAAGUAAGAGGUACGGCAAUCUACAUAGAGGAAGUAAAGACAUCUUUGGCCACAUGUGGUUUGCAGAGGUAGAUUGGGAUAGGUUGUAUAGAAGAGAGAUUCCAGCUCCCUACUUACCCACCGUUACCGCUGAUGGAGAUAGUAGUCAGUUUGAAAGGUAUCCGGAGAACGAUGUUGGCGAAUACAGUAGGACGGAUCUGCCUGAUAAUCUAGGACAUAUUUUCCCUGACUUUUAG